GGAGGAGCGGCGGGCUGGGUGCGCGGAGCCCGCGGCCCGGGGCGCCGACGCCCCUCACUUGGACGCCGGGUCCGGCAGAGGCCACGAGCAUCCCGCGCAGGUGAUGAGGAGCCCUGGGCGCACGGGGCCACCGCCGCCGGACGUCUCCAUUGUUUGACCGCAGCGAGGGCCGCUUCUCCGGCAGGUGCUGCCCACGAGGGAUCCUCACCAGAGCUGACAGCGCUGCAACCAGGACGGCACGGCUGGUGUGCCGGGCACAAGGACAUCCCAGUGGGAGGAGGCUGGGGUUCCCCUGGGAGGAAGACCAGAGCUUGGCUGCGCUUGGGUUUGCACCUUGGGAGCUGCUUGGGGUGUUGACAACUGGGAUCUCAAAGUUGUGGUUCCCGGGAAGCGUAGUCUGUGGGUGUGCAUGCCACUGCGCCGUGAGCUGUGGCCCCGGGUAAGGGCAGUAUGCAGGCAGAGCUCGUGUUUAGGGACGCAGGCAGGGAGUGGCGCAGGCCGACCGCCCACUCGCCCUGUGGAGUGAGCCUGAGCUAGGCGGCCGCCAUGGCCGAGUGAGGGGCUGGGGGAGCUCGCCGUCAGGACGUUUCCCCUCCAGCCACGAUACCAAAUAGCGAAGAUGAUCUACAAGUGCCCCAUGUGCAGGGAGUUCUUCUCCGAGAGAGCCGACCUCUUCAUGCAUCAGAAAAUCCACACGGCCGAGAAGCCCCACAAGUGCGACAAGUGCGACAAGGGCUUCCUGCACAUCUCGGAGCUCCACAUUCACUGGCGAGACCACACGGGGGAGAAGGUGUACAAGUGUGACGACUGUGGGAAGGACUUCAGCACCACAACAAAGCUCAACAGACACAAGAAAAUCCACACGGUGGAGAAGCCCUAUAAGUGCUACGAAUGCGGCAAGGCCUUCAACUGGAGCUCCCACCUCCAGAUCCACAUGCGUGUGCACACCGGGGAGAAGCCCUACGUGUGCAGUGAGUGUGGCAGGGGCUUCAGCAACAGCUCCAACCUCUGCAUGCACCAGCGUGUGCACACGGGCGAGAAGCCCUUCAAGUGUGAAGAGUGCGGCAAGGCCUUCCGCCACACCUCCAGCCUCUGCAUGCACCAGCGUGUGCACACGGGCGAGAAGCCCUACAAAUGCUACGAGUGCGGCAAGGCCUUCAGCCAGAGCUCCAGCCUCUGCAUCCACCAGCGGGUGCACACGGGCGAGAAGCCCUACCGGUGCUGUGGCUGCGGCAAGGCCUUCAGCCAGAGCUCCAGCCUCUGCAUCCAUCAGCGGGUGCACACGGGCGAGAAGCCCUUCAAAUGUGACGAGUGUGGCAAGGCCUUCAGCCAGAGCACAAGCCUGUGCAUCCACCAGCGGGUGCACACCAAGGAGAGGAACCAUCUCAAGAUAGCAGUUCUGUGAGCCCUCCACUCAGUUCCGACUCCUAACACCCACAAGUGCCACUAGGAAGGAAGCCCUGUGUACCUGACGCAGCCCGGGAACUGUGCAGCAGCCCCUGGCGGAAUGCUCUGAGGCGGCGUGCGCUGGGUUGCCUCCUGGGUUCAUGCCAGGCGUAUGUCAUGACAUGGCCUUGACCGUGGUGUCCCUGUGAGUGUCCACCUGUUACAGGCGGCUGGGUCCCGGUCAGGGCUGCGUGUGGGCCUCCUGCUGGAAGCUGGCACAUGUGGAGACCGUGCAGCUGCAGGCAGUUCCUGGCUGCCCAUCGCUCACCCUCUGGCCUCUCCCCACAGGAGCUCCCAGCCCUGCCUCUGUAAUGGGGUGAUGGAGCCCACGGUUCUUCGGGGUUUCCACUGAUUCAGCCCGCAUAGCUUCCACAUGUCCCCGUCUGUCCUCACUGCGCCCCUUCCUAGGUGGCAUUGAAUUUCAGUCAGCCUGUAGGUGACCCCAACCCGGUCACUGGCCUGCCGGGGAAGCGCUGUAAUGGUGUGGAUCUCUAACCAGUCACUGUGCCCUGUCACUCAGAUGGACUGUCCAGUGGCCGCAUCACAUUUUUUAACUUGAAUUUUUCCAAACUAGCUGAAUGUAAAUAGGAAGAAGCAAGCCGAGGGGGAUUUAGUGCAUCCAGGACGCCCCGUUCCCCUCGCCCUGCGGGCCAUGCAGUUCUUGCUGACCGGGGAACCCCACUGAGCGCGGAGGGUGUGAUGUCUAGGAGAAUUUUCUGCAUGGGUGAGGGUGAUCGUGGGCGGCUACGUGUGCAGCGUUCCGUCCCCCUUGCCAGGGUUGCAGGCCAGUUUCCUCUGGGGCCUGGACAUCUGAUCAUCCACUCCUGUACUUAUUGAGCACCUGCUGGGCCAGCAACACCUGAGGGACGCGGCAGUGGCUGCUCAAGUGGCUUCCGGCACAGAAGAUGGGCUAGCAAGUACGUAAUGUAGUUUGAGGUAGUGGUUAAGUGGUAAGAAGAAAACUGGGGGGUGGGGCAGGGCGGGGGGCGGCAGUAGCUAGUGGUCAGGGAAGCCUUGGUGGGCACUCGCUCCGGCCCUGCCCUCGGUGGGGGACAGGAAGAAGAGCUGGGCUGGGGCAGUGGCUGCGGGAGAGACGCCAGCGCAGGCCUGCCCUGGGCCUGUUGGGUUGGUGGGUUUGCUGGGGUGAUGGUGGUGCAGGGACUCGCGGACUGUCCGAAGACCAAAGUCCCCAAAGACAAGAACAAAAUGCAUCCGUGUGUGUCACUUGGUUUCCUUUGCAUUCUGUUGUCGCUGGUUCCCCACGCAGUCCUUUUGCUCAGGAAGUCCUUGGGGACAUGUAGGCUCUUUGGAGCUCUGAGUGGGUGACAGUCCCUGGUGUCUGGACACAGGUGGGAUGCUGACGCAAGCCUUGGUUUUUCUCUUUGGAUUUGGAUUUCUGCUAAACUGGAGGGCAGUUUGUGUAACUAACACCUGUACACAGCAGGGGGAUGGGCUGAGCCACCAGUGGCUGACCUUGGUCCAGGUGUGCCCACUGGCAGUCCCUCCGCAGGCGGGUGCUGGCGCAGGGCCCUGCUGAAGCCCCUGCCAGGCCCAGUUGGCACAAGCGCCUUCUGACCCCUUCCCUGUGGUGGUAACUUGGAGUGUUUGAGAGAAACCUAGACUUGUAGUUGACGGCCAGCUGAAAAUAUCAUGGAUAGAAUUUUAGUUUUAGGAGAAAAUCCAUUUGAUUUCUAGCUUUCCUACGUUUAGGUAUGUGAGCUUGGGCGAAUCACUUCCUGUCUGGGUCUGAGUUCUCACACGAGGAGGCGGGCAGCCUCCGUGCUUUCCGCGUCUUCCCGCUAGUACUAGAGUUCUAUAUUUCUACAUAGUUGAAUUAUUUUAUCAUGCUGUUGCUGGGGAGUAUGACUAACACUUUGGAAGCUACUAAUUUUAUGUCAAGCUUUAAAGUCCAUAAUUGUUAUCUUCAGAAAAUAUUAUUUGACCUACAGUAUGUCCAAAUCAAUUUAAUAAAAUCACUUUAUAACAGGG